GGACAAUUCUGCUCCCGACAGCUGGCGUCAUUGUGGGAGCUGGAGCUGGCGCCGCAGAAGCUCGACGACGCAACCGCGACGGUCGUGGCAUGAACCCCUCAAGAUGCGGCCACUCUUCACAAUACUCGCAUCGGCCCUGCCGGCGCUGGCCGUCUUCCUCGAUGAGGUCGGCGACGUCGACUUCCACCACGCCCUCGUCGGCCUGCCGCAACAGCACACCACCUUCUUCCACCGCCCCCGCCGCGACGACAAGGCCUCGCUGCUCUACACCCUCUCCGACCUUGGCAUCCUCGGCGCCGUGAACCCGACCACCGGCGCCGUCCUCUGGCGCCAGCAGGUCCUCGCCGCCCGCUCCGACGACACCGCCGCAGCCGCCGCCGCACACCUCCGCGCCGCCGACGGCGAGAGCUGGAUCGCCAGCGCCUCGGGCCCCUCGGUCAGCACCUGGGACGCCGCCGGCGGCCGCAACGUCUGGUCCGCCGACUUCCCCGGCCAUGUGCGCGACCUCGAGGUAAUGGAGAUGGCCGCCCCCGCCGACGGCCGCAAGGACCUGCUGGCCCUGUCCAGCGAGGAGGACGAGGGCGCCGGCGGCCACGUCACCACCCUGAGGCGCCUGCACGGGACCGAGGGCACCGUGGUCUGGGACUUUCGGGACGUCAGCAAGGACGUGCCGCUGCAGGUCAGCAACAGCGUCGACAAGGUCUUUGUGGUCAGUCUCCACGGCGUGCCCGGCGCCUACGGCCUCAAGGUUACGGUCCUCGACACCCCCACUGGCCGCCGCAUGGACGAGAUCCUCAUCUCGGCCGGCAAGGGAGAUAUUGUGGGCGAGCAGGACGUCAUGUUUGUCGGCGCCAACUCGGCCAUGCCCAUACUCGCCUGGGUCGACAGCGACCGCAAGACGCUCCAUGUAAAUGUGCUGGGCAACAAGGCUAAGCAUGAGUUCCCCCUGAUCGCUGGUACUCAGACGGUCGACAUCCACGCCCCGCACCUGGUCCAGUCGGACCCUCACUUCCUUGUCCAUAUGCGCACCCGCGACGCCAACGCCGCUACCGUCUUCCACAUCGACCUCAAGACCAGCGCCGUCUCCAAGGCCUACGACCUGCCCCUCCUCGCCGGCACCGGUGCCAUCGCCACGAGCUCCGUCGGCGCCAAUGUGUACUUCACCCGCGUCACCCAGAGCGAGCUGAUCCUCGUCGCCUCCACCUCGAACGCGGUUCUUGGGCGCUGGCCCUUCAAGUUCUCACCCAACGCCGGCGUCGACGAGGUGGUCGACGUGAGCCAUGCCGUAGCCGAGGUGGUCAAGAAGAAUAGCGACAGCUAUGCCGUCAGGGCAGCCACCCUCACCGCGCACGAGAACUGGGUUCUGGCGCGCAAUGGGGACCUCGGCUGGGUCAGGCCCGAGGGGCUCAGCGGCGCUGUCGCGGGCGCCUGGGCCGAGAUUCCCGAGUCGGAGUCGCUGGCCAAAACUCUCGAGGCCGAGGCCCACAGCAACCCUAUCGAGGCCUACCUUCACAGGGCCCGGCGUCACGCUGCCGACCUGGAGCACCUGCCCGACUGGCUCGCCCAGCUGCCCACCCGUAUCCUCGGCAGCGUCUUUGGCACCGAGCCUUCUACGAGCGGCUCUCUGGUGCGCGACGGCUUUGGCUUCAACAAGAUAGUGGUGCUCGCCACAAGGCGCGGGAGGGUCUACGGCUUGAAUGCGGGCAACCGCGGCCAGGUGCUCUGGAACCGCAAGGCCUUCCCUGGUAGCAGCGUGGCCGGCUGGGAGAUCAAGGGCAUGUACGUCGACGACUCCAAGGGCACUGUUGCGAUCCGCGCCAGCGACGGCGAGCUCGUCGCGCUCAAGACGGACUCUGGCGAUAUAGUCGAGUCGGAGCUGCCUGGCCAGGCGUCCGAGGUGCAGAGCACGGCACUCGUUGAUAGCGCGUCGGGCCCCUGGCUGCUCCCCAUUCCCAAGGACGGCGAGAUGGGCCCGCUCUCCGCAGAGCUGGCCCCCAAGCAGACCGUGGUCAUCCGGGUUGGCGACGAGCUGCGGGGCGUCAAGUACAUGCCCGCCGGCAACGCCAAGACCAGCGAGCCUAUCGUCACAUGGACUUUCAGGCCAGCUCCCGGCCAGGUCAUUGUCGAGAUGACAGCGAGGCCGGCCCACGACCCCGUCGCCUCCAUCGGCCGCGUACUCGGUGACAGAACUGUCAAGUACAAGUACCUGAACAAGAACACGCUGCUUGUGGCGGCAGCCGACGCCUCGGCCUCGACCCUGACGACGUAUCUCUUGGACACGGUCUCGGGCGAGCUCCUGUCGUCGGCGGUGUACACGGGCGUCGACGUAGGGCGACCCGUGACGUGCGCCAUGUCGGAGAACUUCUUUGCCUGCUCCUUCUUUGGCGACUACGCCCUGCAGGAGGACCCGUCGCAGUCGGUCAAGGGCCACCUCGUGACCGUGACGGACCUGUACGAGUCCGAGUUCGCAAACGACCGCGGCGCCCUCGGCGACCCGAGUCCCGGCGCCGCGGCCAACUUCUCCCCCGUCGCGCCCCUCGAGGACCCGACGGCUUCCGGCGGCGCCGCCAGCCUGCUGCCCCACGUCGCCUCGCAGACCUGGGUCCUAGCCGCGGGCCCCGCCGCCGCCCUGGCCGUCACCACCACCCGCCAGGGCGUCUCGAGCCGCCAGAUCCUCGCCUACCUGCCCGAGUCCCGCCAGCUCGCCGCCCUGCACCGCGCCGUCCUCGAGCCCCGCCGCCCCGUCGGCCGCGACCCCACCGCCCACGAGGCUGAGGAGGGGCUCGCCCGCUACGCGCCCGCCGUCGAGGUCGAUCCCAAGUUUGUCGUCUCCCACGAGCUCGACCUCCUGCUGCCUUCGUCGUCGGGGAGCCCCCGCCAGAGGACAAGGAACGUCAUCAUCACGGCCCCCGCCGUCGUUGAGAGCACGUGCCUGGUGCUCGCCUUCGGCGUCGACGUCUACGUCACGCGCGUGGCGCCUAGUUUUGUUUUUGAUAUUCUCGGCAAGGGCUUCAGCAAGGUCAGCCUCGUCGGCACCGUGCUGGCCCUGAGCGCCGGCGUUGCUGCGCUUGGACCCAUGGUUCGGAGGAAGCAGAUUAACCUGCGCUGGUCCGCGCCCGCGUAACGGUCCGCGGGCUAUGUACUACGUGUCAAGGGUAUUUCCAUGUCAUACAUUUGGGUCGGGGUUCUUAGAAAUAUCGGACGAGGGCCGCUUGUAGGCAAGGCAUCAAAUCGAAGUGACUUUCUGUUUAUAUUGGCUCCUUCGGCGUCGGGACGGAAGCUUACUUCAUCAGCAAUAACUCGGUGAGCCUUCUAGCUUUUUGCAUAUCAGGCCCAUGGAUGCGCCACUAUGACCCAUCCCGCCCA